CCCACCUCCCCAACCAACUAGCAGUUGCUUCCCUUCUCCAUCUCUCCCCCCAAUCAGUCGCCAAGAAAUCGAGCAGCACAAGCGCCAACAUGUUUAUUUCAAAAAGGAGUACGACGAGCAAGCGAGGCAUGGAGGACAGGCCGGCUGGCCGCCGCCCCGAGAUCGCCGCCGAGCUCCCGGUCCCCAGAGAGGACGGCGGGUCAGCGGCGUCCGACGACGAGGAAUCCGACGGCGAGUUCGAGUUCCCCUCCGUGAGCCGGGAGCCCGCGGCGGGCGGGGGCGCGGCGGCGGACGAGCUCUUCGCGGGGGGCCGCGUCCGCGCCUUCUACCCGGUGUUCGGCCGCGUCCUGGACGACGAGCCCGCGCCGGCGGCGGCGCCGAGGGCACCGCUGGGGCGGCUGUUCCAGCUCGAGCAGGCGCGGACCUCCUCCGUCGCGUCCACGUCCUCCACCUCGUCGUCCCUGUCCUCGGCGUCGGCGGACCUCGACGCCGCGGCCCCGGACAGCUACUGCCUCUGGACGCCAGGGUCGUCGCCGGCGUCCUCGCCCUCGCGGCCGCCGCGGAAGAGCAGGUCCACGGGCUCCGUCGCGCGGUGGCGCCGCAUCGGGGACCUCGUCGCCGGCCGCAGCCGCAGCGACGGCAAGCAGAAGUUCCUCUUCCUCUCCGCGCCGCCGUCCCCGGCCAGGGACAUGGACGGGGACCACUCCCCCGCCGCCGCCGGCUCCAAGCCGAAGCCGCCCCCGCCGAAAGGGAGCAGAGCCACGGCCGCCUGCGCCACCGAGCUCGACGCGGGGCGCCGGAUGUCGUACAGCGGCGGCGCCAAGGCGUCCCCCGGCGGGCGGCGCACGUUCCUGCCGUACCGGCAGGACCUCAUCGUCAUGGGGCUGUUCGCCAACGCGCACGGGCCGCUCAGCCGGUAGCCGGAGCCCGCACCCGUUCUGAGCCCCCACCGACGCGACGAGCAGCCACCGCCGUGGGCGACCCGUUCCAAACAGGGAGAUUUUCGAGUCUGAAUUCGGGGAUUUGAAAUUUAAGACCAUUUUGACCUGGAGGAUCCCCUGCAAACCCGCUUUGGGGAGAUUAGUACUAGUACUCCGUGUGGGGUUUAAAGCCAAGUCAAAAGGACGGGGUGCGAAGUCAGACAAAGCAGGGGAAAUGCGGGCCUUCCUUUUCGGAUUCGGCGCGGAAAUGAGGGUCCCAAGUCGGUGGCAACCACUUCCGAUUUGUGAAGUUGGCAGGCGAGUACUGCAACUGCAACUACGGAGAAAUUGAAAAAAAAAAUGCAUGUGGUUGUUUGUAUAUGUGACUUUGUACAUACUACGUAUUAGGCUAUUAGCGAAGUAGGUGGAUAUAAUUUGCGAGGAAUUCGCCUUUCCUUGUUUGCAAUCUACCAUUUUCUUUAUUUUCUGUGUCUUUCGGUGGCAUCUAAUUUUCUAGCCACUGCCCACUGGUGAGACGCAAUCAUUGAGUUACGAAUCUCAAUGCGUGAUCCAACUGCUCUUUUUCUUAAAAAAGAAAGGAGUGUUCCAACAGUAA